AUGAAUUGUUUGCGCAAACAUCUAUUGAAGAGCAAAACGUACUACUUAGAAGUUCUUUAAGACCAAAUGAUAUUAUCGGAACACAAGACUAUGCAAAAUCCAAAAUAUGUAGUCCUAUUCAACUUUGAGUCUCGUGUGAUGUGGAAGAAAUCGGAACAUGAAUAACUCUGUUGCUUUGGUAUCCUCUACCAAAAGAGAAUCAAAUGGUUCUGGGGGGUUCAUAAAGAGUUGAAUCUUCUCAAAAUGUACCUCUCCAACAGGGUUUUCUUUGGGAAUAUAUCAAUUUUCUAUGAAUCUAGUCAGAUCAUUGGUUCUGGUGCAUCCUCGAAGGUGUGUCUCGUGAAGCGGAACACAGAUGUAUUGUACUACGCAGCUAAAUGUAUCUCAAAGAAGUAUCUGACAGGCAAGAAGUCCAAAGAUCGCAUAGCUAGAUUGCAAUCUGAAAUCGAGAUUUUAUAAAAGAUUGACCACCCAAUAUUUGUCAAAUUACUGGAAAUUUAUGAAGGAGACAACUCCUAUUAUCUGAUAACUGAUUAUUACGAGGGUGAUACUCUCUACAAUUUUAUUCGAAACACUCAAACCGACAGUUUACCCAGUUACAUAGUAAGGGAUGGAAUUAAAACCUUGCUGCUUGGUCUUUAAUAUUUGGAGCAUAUGGGUUUGAUACACAGAGAUAUCAAGCUGGAGAAUAUCCUAUUAGCCAAGCAGAAUGAAAUCAAGUCCCUGAAGAUUAUAGAUUUUGGACUGGCCAUCUAUGAGAAUACAUAGACCAAAUUGUCUAUCUGUGGAACACCAGGUUAUAUUGCUCCAGAGAUUCUAAGAGCUGAUAUCAAAUAGAAUGAAUAUUUCACCACGAAAUGUGAUGUCUUUAGUGCAGGAGUUAUAUUUUACAAAUUGCUAACCAAAAGAACCUUAUUUAGAGCAGAUAACACUGCAGAUAUCAUGAAGGCAAAUACUCAAUGCGACAUUCGAUUGGAUGAGCUAGAAUAGAAUGUUUAGAAGGAAGCCCUUAAUUUAUUGAAAUUGAUGUUGGAACCUAAUCCCAAUAUUCGACCUACUGCUUCGUAAUGUUUAGAACAUCCCUAUUUCUAUUGCUAAUUGGAAGACAUUAGAAUACUACAGGAGAUCCUAGAUAAAGUGACAGGCUGCUCAGAAUUCACAAAGGAGCACUAAGAUACUCAUUCAGUUCCUGAUGAGAGUUAAGCUGCUUAGAUCAAAAAAUGUCCACCGACUCAAUACAGAGUUAGAGUGGAGUAGAGAAAAAGAACUAGGAGUCCGAGAAAAUAUGCAGAUUUUCACUUCUAUUUACCAUCCUUUUGUCAGAUGAACUCUUUUGAAAGUGAAGGGAAUUCUUCGAACUCUAGUAAAUCUUCAAAAAUUGAGAACAUCAUCAUCAAUGAGAAGGAAAGUGAAAAAGAUUCUGUCAUAGAGGAGAACAACAAGUUUCAACAGUGA